AGUCAAGAUGGGGGAGGCCAAGCAGUCGAGCAGCGCAGUGGGCGGGGCACAGACCCGGCCCAGGGCUCCGUGAUGUCAGCGGGUGCUGGCAGGGAGAGGGGGUCGGCUGUUUUUCUGGAGAGUUAGAGCUGAGUAAGACAAAGCACGUCCCCCGCAGGCGCCAUGGAACUGCUAUCCUGUGUCCUGCUGUGGAAACUGGUGCUUCUUCAGAGCUCUGCAGUCCUGUCCUCAGGGCCUUUAGGGACCGCCGCAGCCAGCAACUCUCUGGUGUCUGAGUCUGUGGUGAGCUUGGCAGCCGGAACCCAGGCUGUGCUACGCUGCCAGAGCCCCCGCAUGGUGUGGACCCAAGACCGGCUGCAUGAUCGCCAGCGCGUGGUCCACUGGGACCUCAGCGGUGGCCCGGACAGCCAACGGCGCCGACUUGUGGAUAUGUAUUCGGCGGGUGAACAGCGCGUGUACGAGCCGCGCGAUCGCGACCGCCUCCUGCUGUCGCCUUCUGCUUUCCACGACGGCAAUUUCUCGCUGCUCAUUCGCGCUGUGGAGAGAGGCGAUGAAGGGGUGUACACCUGCAAUCUGCACCAUCACUACUGCCACCUCGAUGAGAGCCUGGCUGUGCGCCUCGAGGUUACAGAUGAUCCCCUAUUAAGUCACGCAUACUGGGACGGUGAGAAGGAAGUGUUGGUGGUGGCCCAUGGCGCGCCUGCACUGAUGACCUGCGUGAACCGUGCGCACGUGUGGACUGACCGCCAUUUAGAGGAGGCGCAGCAGGUGGUCCAUUGGGACCGGCAGCUACCUGGGGUGCCACACGACCGUGCUGACCGCUUGCUUGACCUGUAUGCAUCUGGCGAGCGCCGUGCCUAUGGGCCACCCUUCCUGCGUGAUCGCGUGUCAGUAAACACCAACGCUUUUGUACGCGGUGACUUCUCCCUACGCAUAGAUGAGCUGGAGCGGGCUGAUGAGGGCAUCUAUUCCUGCCACCUGCACCAUCACUACUGUGGCCUCCACGAGCGCCGAGUCUUCCACCUACACGUCACAGAGCCUGCCUUUGAGCCACCAGCUCGUGCUUCUCCUGGAAAUGGGUCUGGUCACAACAGUGCUCCUAGCCCAGAUCCCACCCUGGCCCGAGGCCACAGCAUAAUCAACGUCAUUGUCCCAGAGGACCACACACAUUUCUUCCAGCAACUGGGCUAUGUGCUGGCCACGCUGCUGCUCUUUAUCUUGCUGCUCAUCACUGUAGUCCUGGCUACACGCCAUCGUCACAGCGGAGGAUGCAAGACAUCGGACAAAAAAGCUGGGAAGUCAAAGGGGAAGGAUGUGAACAUGGUGGAGUUUGCUGUAGCCACAAGGGAUCAGGCUCCAUAUAGGAUGGAGGACAUCCAGCUAGAUUACAAAAACAACAUCCUGAAGGAGAGGGCUGAGCUGGCCCACAGUCCCCUGCCUGCCAAGGAUGUGGAUCUGGAUAAAGAGUUCAGGAAGGAGUACUGCAAAUAAAUGGACCCUGAGCUUCUGGCUGGGCCAGCAGCUCUGUAUCAAAGGACAUCUCCCUGACCCUCCUGCGGUAUUCCUGGCUCUUCUCAGCGGCUGGUCCGACUUACCUAGAAACUUGGCCUAAACUUGGCAGAGCAGCUGCCUGCACUUUGCUCUUCCUAGAAUCACCACCCUCAUCUUGGUGAGCAACUGUGGGUUCCCUAGGGACUCUGGUAUAGUAUGAUGGCUGCCCUUCAAUCACCUGUGCCCACUGGUGGUUGUACCCCCAACUUAAACACAACAAAGAUCCCUUGUUAAUAGCCACCAAAUGCAAAGUCCCUCAUGGCCUCUUACUGCUAGGGUCAGGAAGACACUUAAGAAUUCCAGUUAAGACUCCCUAGCCACCAGUUAAACACAUUAGCCAUUGUCCUGGGGGUCUUCCUGAACUGCAUUGUGCCUGUGUACUGCUCAGAGCCCUGAUGUUAUACAUUCUGACUCAUGUGCUCUCCUUGCUGCUUUGGGCAACUUGAGACUGGCCCAGGGCCCUUUCUCUGCUUCUGAUUCCUUUCUGCCAAAUGCCUCCCAAGAGCUGCACCAGCAGUUACUGGGUACCAUAUGACUCUUGGCCUUGACAUCCCUGCCUAGGCUGGAGUCUGGGAUUGGGGCUCCAUUUGUCCUCUGUUUUAGCUGAAGAUGGAGUGAAGAUUUGGCUGAGUGGCCUGUGCUGUCACAUCAAACAGCUUCUACUUGGGAAGUUUUCAUGUGAUAAUAAAAGAUACAUCUGAUUUUUAGUCUUGGA